AUGACUACCAAAGCGAUUAAUCACUAUGAGCUGAGAGCGCAGACUGAUAACAAGACAGAGGGGGCUGCAAACCAUAUGGGAUGGGAGCCCCAACUUCAGAAUUCAGACGAACUACCAGGCAUCUUUGAAUCCACCCCAUUUCUCAAUGUAGAAGACGAAAAGGAAAUCAACCUCUCGGAGCUUGACCCCAAUUUCUACUCUACAGAUGCAUUCGCAGAUAAACUCAUGAGUAUCAGAACGAUAGCACAGAUAUGCAAAAGGAGUAACCCUUCUUCGGAUAUCUCCCACUCUCAGCACCACACUUGGCUCUCCAAGCUCCCGAUCAGGACUUCCAGGAUUGCCGAGGUCGUUACGACAACGGCCCAGAGGCUGAAAGAGAGAAUAAAAAGGCUAAAUGAACUAGAUCUCACUCCACAACAUGUCGUGGCGCAUGAUGUAGUUGCUCCUGGAGAUCGUACUCUUUCCGGUGAAUGGGAGACAUUGACUAAUGACGAGAAGCGCUAUUCGUUGCGAACGAUGGGGGAACGGCAUAUGCGGGCAUGGUGCAACGGAUGGAUAUGCAGAUAG